GUUAUUACGGUAAUGUCUGGCUCCCUUUGAUUGUUUGCUGCUACGGGGUUUGUGAAAGCACGGAGCUCUGCGAUGUGCCUCCUCACUAUCCACUCUGCUCGCCGUAAUAACGGCUAACAUUUCACUCUGGAGACCGCGCCGCUUCCCGUUGUAAACUUUAGGGGACCCCACAGGACAUUUGGAAGAGCGGAGUAGUGGCAGCAGCAGCAUCAUCAUCAUCUUCUUCUUCAGUUGGGGUUAGGAGGAAGGUGUGAUCUCCACAUCUAAUCUAGUAUCUGUAUUCAUCAGGUGUGUGUGCACCAUGGCGUCUAAACCUCACCCUCCUCUGAUGAAGAAGCACAGUCAGACAGACCUGAUAAGCCGCCUGAAGAGCCGGAAGAUCCUUGGGGUCGGCGGCGAGGAUGAUGAUGGUGAAGUGCACCGCUCAAAGAUCAGUCAGAUGCUCGGAAAUGAGUUGAAGUUUGCAGUGCGAGAGCCUAUUGGGCUGAGGGUGUGGAUACUCAUCUCAGCAGUGGGUUUCACAGUUAUGGCCCUGAUGGCCCUGGUGUUUCCCAACCAGCUAUAUGAGGUUGUUUUCGAAGAGGAGCUCUCCACGACUAACAUCUCCAUUCGCCUUUAUGGAGGAGCACUGCUUAGCCUGGCCCUCAUCAUGUGGAAUGGUCUCUACACAGCAGAGAAGAUCGUCAUCCAGUGGACUCUGCUCAGUGAAGCCUGCUACUUUGCUGUCCAGUUUCUAGUGACAUCCAUCACCUUAAUGGAGAUUGGCAUCCUGCCCAAUUCUGCCAUCCUCCUGCUCCUCAGUCGAGUGCUCUUCCUGGUGGUCACCAUGGCUUACUACUACCACCUGGGCCGUAAGCCAAAGAAGAUCUGAGCUGACUGUGUGAUGCUUCCAGGGAGGGGACAGCUGAGCACAGAUCACAAACGUGGGGUCAGAAGGUUUGGAAUAUCAUUUAAUUGGGGCUUGGAGCAUUACCUUGCCAGUGGAUGCCCCCUUCCAUAUUCAACAAAUGAGCACAGUCUCACAUUCCAGACUCUACAACAAAAACAAGAAACCUCAUAGUGAAAGUGAAUUACUCUUUCACUGGGCUGUGAGGUCAAGCCCCUCUUGACACACGUCCCUCCUUUGUGCAGUUCUGAGUGCUGUCAUUAUAAAGAAGAAGCUAGCAGUUUGUAGUGCAUUGCGUUCUUGUGUCACCUAGUUAUAUGAUUUAAUAUGUACAGUACAGCGUAAUUUCAAACAUCCGACUAUGUUCAUGUACAGCUACAUGAUUUCCAGAUUUCGUAUUUAGUGUUAUCUGAUUUUAAAAAGUUGCAUCUUGACACCACUUCUUAAUCACACUCAAGGAUCACGAGUUUGUGCUAUAAUGUGUUCCCUGUUUGAUGCUGGUGAUGUCAUCUCAUACUGUAUGUAUGCUGAAGUGAAGCCUGAAUAUCUGUGCUCUAGCAUGAUUCUCUGACAGCUCUCCAGUAAACACAUUAGAUGGAUAAAUGAUUAACUCUGCUUAGUGUAAGAUUCAGGUGCAGUCAGAUAAGCUAAACUUAGCACACUGAGGAGACGCCUAAAGGUCAGUUUUUACCCUCAGUCAUGCCCAUCAAUCAUAUUCAGAUUUAGACUACCCAAAAAGAAAUGCUGAAUCUAAACAUUUUUCAGGGAUGAAGUGAUGUUUUUUUUUUUAAUUCCUUGAGGGAUCAGUCAAGAAGUUCUACCAAAGUGAAUAGGAAUUGUUUUGUACAGAAUAUUUACACUACUGAGAUUAAUAAAUGUAAUGUAGAUAAAUGCACAUGUGAACUGACUCAUAGAAGAGAAACAGUGUAGUUCUCUCCUUGUUGUGUGUGCACUGGUAGGCAGGACUUCAGCCUGAGAGAUUUUACAGAAAGUAUUUAACAUUCUGACCUUUACUGUAAAGCUAGUGUCACAAGCCGAGCAUGUCAGUGUGCAGGGCAAACACACCUGAGCUGGUUCCUCUUUAGUGAUGUAGCACAGUUUUUUACAUACACCAUAUCCUUAGCCUUGCCUUAAAACUACUUAAAAGAACAGUCAUCAACACUGCAUCCAACCUGUAUAUAUGUAAAUAAAAGUAUUUACAAGUAUGUGGUGUUCUUGUGAACCGAACAGGGAACUUGUUCAGUAUUAGUUAAAUGAUUUUCAAAGGUUGAUCUUUCUCUUGGCUUGUCUUAUUUUGUACCUAUUUAAGCGACAUUUGUGUUUUUGACGUCUUGCAUGCAAUAUAAUCCAGCAAAGGAAAUAGCUCAAACUGUGUAGCAAGCUGCCACCAACUUAAUGGUGGUGAAUAGAUGCAUUAGCUAAAAAUGGCAAAAAGCCUAAAAAGGAAAUUUUAAUUUAGAAAGCAGUUAAACUACAUGUCCUUUAAAACAGAUAUAACCCAACACUUGACAGUUUUCACCCAUUCGGUAAGUUCAAUAAAUGUUCUACCUCCCAAUACGCCGUCAGGUAAGCUCAGUGUUUCAGAGCUACGUCAGCUAUGCUAAUUUGUCAACUCUGAUCUCUGCAACUCACUCUUCAGCACCAAAGGCCAGACACUCUAAAGAUAGUCGACUGAUUUUUGUAAAUUUUACGUGAAACAUACUGUGGGUCUCCUCCAAAGGUGGUCCAUAUUGUUGCAAAUGACCAUGUUCAGUCCUGCUCUAGCAGGGAGUGGUCCUGAGGUCAGAGUGAUUGAGGGUUUGCAGUUGCAGUCCAGCGCUGAAGGCAGAUGGGCUUGUUACUUGGGUGAGUUUUCAGUUCAGAUAGGGAACGUGAAACAUGGGUGAGGUCUCCCGUACUCCUGAAACAUUGUAAUUAUCCCUUUUCCAGUGUUUAAUUAGAUGCAGCUCUCCCGAGUGACAUUGUGUGCCCCAACCUACUGCUCUGUCCUGACUAGCAUGGUAAUUAUGGAGUUCAAGAAAAAUGUCAUUCCAUUUCCGUCGAUACUACAGGCCUCAAAUCAUCAGCCUUGUGAAAUGUUCAAAGGUCUGUAAAGCAGGUUAUUUUAGGAGAGAUGGGCAGAAGAAGGGAGGCAAAGAAAUAGCUUUCAUCCUCCGGGUUCUCUGACGCAAAUUAGUCAAAAUAUUACAUUGGUAAAUUGAGCUAUUCAUUCCCUCUGAUGUAGAUCCAUCAUACUGUUUGUACUGUUGUGAAUAGCAUACCAGGUCAAACUGUUUCAAGUUGUAGCAUUGUGUUUUUAUGUAUAUAUGUGCUAUAUUGUACCUCAAAAAUGAAUUAUGGAUUUCCACUGUUUAGUUUGAAAUAAAGGACACUAUUGUUUAUUUUGAAGACUUCAAA